AUGCUUAUCUCCAUCUCGUCAUUAUUCGACCCAACGAAUUGUCAAAAAUCCCCUCGAAUCCAUCCAAUAUUACGAUUAUUCUCAAAUAGGUUCGCCCACCGAUUUCUCAUUAAAUGAUUUCAUCAUUCUUCCCAAUCAUUUUACGCCUUCCGAACAAAAAUUUCUCUCGGAUCAAUCCUUGAAAAAGCUGAAGAGGAUUCUUGGUAAACAGGUGAUUUAUCAAGAUGGACAUUUUGACGGUGUCAUACAUGGUUAUCGAGAAUGCCAAGCUUCACACUGGGGCGAAGAUGAAGAUAGGAUAAUGGAGGUUUUCCACCAAAAAGUUUACAGCCUUUUUCCCGAAAAUAUUCAUUGGUUACCUACACAUAUUUUGGAGUUAUCAGAGUGUGGCGGGAUUAGAGAGCAUGUUGAUCAUGUUGAGGUUGUACAUUCUGCUUUUUCGGACCUCUCUAGUUCAAUGUUUGAUUAA